AUGUUUAAAACUUUACGAAUUCCUGCCUUAAAAAGACAUAUAAAAAGUGUUCUUACACAAAUUCAAACCUUAAAAUUUUUGCAAUGUAACACGCCAAUGCCCAUUGUGUCAUUUGCUAUGUAUAUUCCUACAAAAAUUUUAAAAAAUUAUUAUACAAGAAGAGGUGUGUUAAGUAAGAUUAAUUCUAAAGGAUUCCAAUUCUGCAAUAUAUAA